CAGCAGCAGCAGCUCGCAGUGGAAACCGCUGGUUUUGCUCCAGGAUGGACGUCAACAGGAGACUGGGGAUGAGGGACACUCUGCUGGCGCUCUUACUCGCCGUCUUCCAGGGAUUUCCUCUCGGGGACGGAGCCCCGAAUCCGUCCCCGCUGGUUGGAUCCAACUGGGGGAACCCACGGAGAUACGUCCACCUGCAGACAUCCACGGAUCUCAACAACUUCUACUUGGAGAUCAGAUUGGAUGGCACUGUGCGCAAAACUACACUCAGGAGCUCGUAUAGUGUGAUGUUACUGAAAGCUGAAACGAGGGAGCGCAUCGCCAUCCUCGGCGUCAAAAGCAGCCGCUACCUGUGCAUGGAUUUGGAUGGAAACCCGUUCAGCUCUCCCAUCUGCCUGAAGGACGACUGUCUCUUCAACCACAAGCUUCUGGAGAACAACCGGGACGUGUACUACUCCAGCCGGACAGGCAUCCUCUUCAACCUGGAGGGCUCCCGGCAGGUGUACGCUGCGGGUCAGAACCUGCCACAGACCUCCCUCUUCCUGCCCAAGAGGAACACUGUGCCACUGGAGCGCCUCCUGCUGCACCGGGAGAAGAGGAACCAGCUGGUGGAUCCCUCCGACCCGCACAACGUCUAUCUGGGUCAGACCGAGGUGGGCUCCGACUCCCGGGCCGUGCCGGAGGACGACGCCGACCUGGAGGUGGAGGUAGAGGUGGAGGUGGAGGCCGGGGACGACGGGCGCAACGUGUCCCGGGAGACGCCACUGGAUCCAUCCACCCACGACCCUUGGAACGUGCACUCGUCCAACCCAGCCAGCCCCCGGAGCACCGGCACCAUGGGGUGACAUCACAUGUGACCCAGCUUAGUGUCUCAAGGUGUGGGCGCCAAAUUUACCAUAAUUUACAUGUAGCCUUGUAGUUCAUGAACAUAUGAUUCAAACAAUAUAAAACACAGACUUUAAGGAAAUUAGAAGAAAGAAGAGCAUUUCUUUCUUUUCCAAACUUAAUCUAAAACAGUUCCUGUCAUCAAUCAUCCAGAGAAGCAGUGUGUUCGUACACUGAGAGUAGAAAUUAUUAUCACACCUG